CGAACUUUCUAUUUAUUUGCGACACCACAAUUUGUUCGUUGGAUUGAAGAAUGGACCCAACAAUUUUGCGAAGAAUACAAUGAAAAUAUGAGUGAGUUACAAUCGAAAUGCGGAAAUAUUAGUAGUGGUAAUAAGAACGAUUGCAACGAAAAUUCAAAUAAGAAUUGUAAAACUGCUUGUGCAAAAUAUAAUGAUUGGAUCACUUCAAAAAAAAAAGAAUGGGAUGGUAUGAAAAACUAUUAUGCGAAAAUAUUACAAAUGGGAAAAAGUAGUGAUCAAUCCCCCGACGGAACGGACUAUCAUGCAAUCAAUCAACGUACAGCUAUUGAUUAUUUGAACCAAACAUGCAAAACUGAAAUAAAUGGAACAGAUAAAUGUUG